GAUUUGUAAAAAUUGGAAAAAAGGGCCGACCUAAAUUACGCUUAAUUUGCAUUUCGUUCAAGAAGUAUUUUUCUAUCAUUUUCUUUGAAAAACUUUGUUACACUAAUAUACAUAUCUAAACCAGUCCUGUAGCCCAAUUCAAAAUAGAUUUGUUCAUAAUUUACAGAGGAAGAAGCACACCCUGCGGGCCUGGUGUUUUUUUGCUUAGGAUCCCGAUUAAAUUGGCAUUGCACACAAUUCCCAACAUUCUGUAUCAGAUAUGUAAUGUUGGGCAGAGGGCUUAACUCAGAAAUUCAGAAAAUUGUUUAAUUCUUAACUCUGAAUCAUUUGUUUAGGACUAGGUGCAGCAAUCGAAAUCUGGGUGGUAGGUGAAUUAAUGAAAGUUCUUAUCUACUAGGGUUUUGGCCAUUAUUGUGGUAUUUAGAAGUAUAUAUUUUGGGUUUAUUUACUAUUGCCACAGAGAGUUGAUUUACUGCUUGCCCAUGUAGUACUCAUGGAGCUUCUGUACAUAUUGCCUUACUGAAGCUUUGGUUAUGGAGCUUGGGUUUUUGGGAUCACUGCUGUAAUGCAAAAGAAUGAGUUUAGCUGGAAGAAACAGGAACAUGGGCAUCUGCCUUUGAGUUCUGAGGCUUCCUUACACAUCAAUGUGUAUAUGUAUAUAAUUUAUACUGCCAGGGACUGUGGAGCAUAAGAAAAAUAAUUGAAAUGCAGAAAUCAGUUUGUGAUUGUACCAAUGAAUAUGAUUAUGAUUUAAGUUUGGAAGGGAAUGCAUCAGAAACUCAUCAUGGGUUUGAUCUGGAAAGUUGUACUAAGGUCUCUGAAACAGAGGCUAGUUCAUUUCUAGCUUCAGGCAGAAGUUUGUUUGGGAAAGUUUGGGGAACGUUGGGCUUUACUCAGAGGGGUAAUGGAUUGGUAGGUGGGCAUACAAGGGUUAGUGGUGUUCAAUAUGAGGUUCAUUGUGGUUGCCAGCACAAAGAAGUAAAGAUGGGGUUUACAGAGUCAGUUGUAUCUGGUUUUAAGAAACAGGGGUCUAAGGAUUUGGAUUUGGUGAAAACAGAGAAUGGAGUCGCUCGGAGUACUGAGAAGAUUGGGCAUGGGAAUGCCAAAGUUGCCUCGAAACCUGGAUGGAAAAAACCUCCCAGGCCUCCUAGAGCAGGCACAGCUCCUUCAAAGGAGAGGCAUAUAAAGAGCAUUUCUGAUGCAGAUUUGCUAAGAAGAGCCAGAUUAGACAGGAUCAGAUCUUUGAGAAAACAGAGGGUUAAGGAGCGUUCUUCAACAAAAACCACUUUGUGGGCCUUGCUGUUCACAGUUUUCUUUGCUAUUGUGAUCAUUCAAGGUAUAUUCUCACAAGGCUCAGUUAGCUCUCCCCAUUCUUCAGCAAAACCAGGUCAGACAAGUCCACCGUUGCACAAAUUUUCCAGUGAUGGCUCAAAUACUGAAUCAAGACAGACAGUGUAACCCUUUCUCCUAUUUCUCAUUGAUCCUGAGAAGUUUAAUAGGGCCAAAACAUGAUGUCCAAGGUAAAGGCAAGCAUAGAAUUUUCUGUUGCUACAGAAAAGACAAGGGCUUAGGAUGAAAUGUGUAUGCUAACCCGUCAGACUUUAGCAGGUUUUAUUACAGUAAAACCAAAAGCAUUCAUAAAGGCCUUGGAGGCAUUGUAUCGAGUGGCUUAUGCUCUUUGGACUCUAUUUGCAGAGUACGGUGUAUUUGAAGAAAUGACCUUUUUUUUAAAACUUCAUAGAAUGGAUGAGGAGGGGCCCAACCAACCUUGUUGAACGGAAUCUAAAGAACGUUUUUUGCACGAGUUAUUAUUUC